AUGGAGACCGGGGGGUCCUCCUCGUCCGGCGGCUCUCCCUACCUCCACCUCCGCCACGUCAAGCCGGAGCCCCAGGACACGCCUGUCAGCGCGCGCACCCGCCGCUCCGGCGCCCGCAUCAGCGACAACGCCUCCCCCACCGGCCGCUUCGUCCUCGUCGAGCCCAAGCCGGAGCCCGGCCUCCCCGCAGAGUACGAGGACAUAGCCCGGCGCGGCUUCUUCGACGAGGACGCCCUGCGGCCGCCCAACCGCGUCAACUGGGAUGAGACCGGCGCCGCACAUAUCUACUCCGCCGACCUCCCCGGCGUGAAGAAGGAGGAGAUCAGGGUGGAGAUUGAGGACGGGAGGUACCUCGUCAUACGCACUGAGCUGGACGCUGGUGACGCGGAAGUCCACGGCCGCCGAGGCAGUUUCGCAAGGAAGUUCCGGCUGCCGGGGAUGGUGAACACCGACGGCAUCACGACCGACUACGCCCGCGGCGUACUGACCGUGACGGUGCCCAGGAUGCACACCCGGGCCCAGCCCGUGGUCAAUCUCAUCGGGCUUGGUCCUGCCUGCGACCCCGUGGCCAGAGCAGCUUAAACUGAUUUAUUAUUAUAUUGAA